AUGCCACCAGGUAGUGUACAAAGUAGUAGACCAACAAGGGAUAAGUUGCUUUCGAAUCCAGCGGUCGAGUUUAUGGAGAAUCGUGCAAGUCCUGAACUGACCAUGGUCCCUGACAAGUCAGGGCAGAGCGCCAGCAUCCAAUAUGACCCACUAAGAGACAAAUGGGUACCCGAGGAAGACCUCGUUAGGGAGAAGUUCUACCAGGCCUCCGAAGAUCAGAGACACAAACUAGAGGUGGCUCUGCACAAAUUCAGUCAAAGUAUCAAGACGUAUCAGGCGGCGAAUCAAAAGAAAGCUCCUAUUAUUCCCAUCAAGCCGCUAGGUGAAUAUCAGUUCGACGACGUAUUGAAGGUUAUUCAAAAGAUCGAGGAGCGGCAUAAGUUCAAAGAGUAUCCCAAAGGAUUACAAACCCUGGGCAACGUUUUCGAACGAACGAUGAAGGAUCGAGGAACACUCAAGGCAUUGCUCGAUUUUGUUCCCCGAGAUUCGUAUUGUGCACCAAUAUGCGGGAGCUUUUCAUUCAUUUUGGCGGCUUUGGAUAGAGCCGGGGAUUUCCGAGAAAAAGCUGUCGAGGUAUUAUCAAAUAUUCCCACGCAACUCGAAGAAAAAUUCACUCGCUCUUUAUUUCAGAGCUAUGCUUCGAUUCAGACAACUGCAAUGAAAGAAUUCACGGCCUCCAUUGAUAGGUUCCAACAACAGGUAUCUCAUGACAGCCACCUGAGAAUUGGAGAUGGCUACUCGAGGAUAGGAGAGAUGGGUCAAAGUUUGCAGCAAAUGCGCGAAGAGAAUAAUAAGAGCACUGAAUUCGCCCAACGCAUGGAUGCUAGAAAUCAAGAAGCAUUUGACCGAAUAACAACGGAACUUCGCGAACAGCGCGAAGACAAAGCCACGAUCUGCAAUUAUCUUUAUGGCCUCCUUACUAGUGCUCCGUGGUUCAAGGAGCGGUUGUUGCAAUUCGAUGCUGGCAUAAUUCCACCUCCUCGGGAAACACGUGCCCUGGCGCCUGGCGGACAAUCCACAUUAACAUCUCAGCGAAAUAAAACGACAAGGGCCUUCAUCAGAUCUUGGAUCAAAGAGGUGAAGCUCCAUCCUUCGACAGCGGCGAAAGAUCGCAAAUCUCUCCUCAACAGCUUCGAUGAUCUGGGUAUCGAUGACAAGGACAUUCUCUGGUGGAUACUGGGCACUACAGAGCUGAAAGAUUGGCUCAACACCGAAGGCUCGCAGAAUCUCUUCAUUCAAGCUGAGACACCACCCGACAAAUUAGUAAACCCUCUCUGCUUUGCCGCUGCUUUCCUGGUCGACCAAAUACAAUCCAUGGUGGACUCCAAUGUUCAUAUUUUAACCUAUUUGACUGCUGUCCGGAGAGAUAAAUCAUCAAGCAUAACGUCAGCGACGCUGCCACUGCGGAUCAUCAACCAUCUCAACACCCAGCUUCUCUCAUCCAUCUGCGAGAGGCGAAUCCCGAUGGAUCUCUCGACGGUGAUUCAGAAAAAGAAAGUUCGCGGUCAAACACAGCACCAAAUGUCUGCCGCGUUGGAGCUUAUAAGAGCCGUUCUUAUCGAAAUGCCAGCAAAUUCAAUGGUUUUCAUCGUACUCGACUCUGGAUCCGCUCAUGAUGGGCUAGACGAUGAUGGCGAUGAAGUUCCAUUCUUUAAAGCUCUCCUCAAGCUAGGGGACGAAACAGAUGUUGUGGUCAAAGUUCUCUUGACAGACACGUUGGCAGGGCUGGCGUCGGCGUUGAAGAAGUCUUCUUUCGAGGUGUUAUAUGUGCCAGACCAUGUGGAUGGCGAUCAGCAGGACUUGGCAUUCCAAACCUUGACAGAGGAUGUCAAGGACCCCUCGAUGGCUACGUUCUUGAGCUCUCCUCGUGCUGAUCGAGGUAAUGAUGAGAACGAUUCCGACUCCGACACCGAGAUUUCCGAAUUGAUCGAGUACGCGCUUUCCUCUACAUCAGAGGCAGAGUAA